AAUCGAUUUCAUAGAUGUUGAUCAUGUAUUUACAUUUUGUAAACAUGCAGUCAUGAUGUGCCGCUCUUGAAUUAAGCCAUGUCGCAGAUAAGCACCAAGAAAGCCCGAUGCUUAUUUGAACUGCAGACAUAUCAGCGACGACUUAGACAUCUCCGAAGUCUUGCCAUUAGGAACCUGGUGUGUCCUAGUUACAAUGGGAAAGAUGUCCAUAAAUUGCAGUCCUAUUUCACACUUCACCGUGACACAGCAGCCAAAGCAUUCUACACAAGUGAGAAGAUAACAGGAUCACUUAAUCCAUCUUGGCAAAGUUUUGAUAUCAGUCGGUAUGAAGGGGAAAUCAAUAUAAAAUCUCAGUCCUUGGUUGUGCGAGUAUGGUUGGCUGUGGAUGAUGACUGCCGUCUCCUUCUGGACUGGACUGUCCAUUUGACAGGCCUGGAUUUCUUCGCUGACAAGCUCCAGCAAGACAUGGUGAAAUACUCACCCAACACCAUGAUUUUUGGAAUGUUUGACAAGUUCUUUGUUGCACCUGACAUCAAUAAAGAAAAGGUCAAACCACUGAUCAAUCUGCCAGUUGAGGCUGGAACAGCCAAGAAAUCCUAUACAUCGGCAUCCCUGGAGAGAAUCUAUACAGUACUACGUGCUAUAAAACAGACACAGGUAUCGGUCAGUCGCGUCCACAGCUCCAUAGAAGAUAAGCUACUCUCCUCACAGGAAAAGUCUCAGAAGCUAUGUGAGCGAGAAGCUACAUUACUCAAGGUGAGACAACUCCGCAGUGAGCUGACCUGGCAGACGACAUGUCUACAGUCUGACCAGGAAGAAUGUGAGAAAGCUAAACACAGAUACCAGACAUCUAGAAAGCAGUUGGAUGAAAAAUUUGCCUUAUUGGAGAAAGAACGAGCUCAUCUAUCUGACAGGAAAAAACACAAUUGUCAAACCAGGGAGAGUUUGAUUAAGGAGAAUGCACAGCUGUGGAUCAGAAGAAAACAGCUGACUGGCGAGCUGGCCACAAAUGUCUACUCAAUUACGGAGAGUAAGAAAUCAGACCAAAAAUCAGACAUGUUCAUUUGUGGUGUCAAGUUACCGAAUUCUGAAGAGUUUCUAAGUCAGGAAGACAUGAUGGUGUCUGUUUCCCUUGGUUACGUAUGUCACAUGGUCAUGAUGAUGUCAGACAUUCUUGACAUUCCACUGAGGUAUCCGAUGACCCAUAAUGGUUCAAGAUCAGUCAUCCAAGACCAUAUUCACACCAAGUUAUUAGACAAGGAUCGGCAAUUCCCUUUAUUUGCAAAAGGAAAGGAAAAAUUCCAGUUUAAUUAUGGAGUUUUCCUUUUGAAUAAAAACAUCAGUCAGCUACGAUAUUACUGUGGCCUUGGAACUACAGACCUACGACAAACUUUGAGUAACAUGAAAUCCCUCCUUGAACUGCGGUUAGGUGUCAGGCUGUAUACACCUGGAAUUCGCAAAAUCGGUACAGGAAGUGAAGGGAAAGACCGUAGUGUGUAUGAUUUUGAUCGCACAGAUACACAGAGCUCUCUAGCUUCUGGAGGGAGAUUUAGUCUACCUGAUAGUACUGACAUGACCACACUGGAUGUGACAUCUAAAGAAAACAAAAACAACCACUCCCCUGGUGAAUGUAACAACAGUUCGCAGAGAGGUGGUUCAGGUAACAAUGGUACACACACCGAGAAACAUUCAAACGAAGACGUAGAAGACAUAUUCCGGCCAUCAGAGGACCACUUCUUUAAGAUUUCUAAUCCUGUUUCUGAACAGUUGGAUAUGUUCAAUGACAUGAAUGUGAUUCAUGAAGAUUUUGGACAUUUUGAAAUGAUUGAUGAAAAUAAUGUUAUAUCACGUGAUCAAGUGACCGAGGAUGGAUGCGAACGAAAAGAUGUUAAUAGUGCAAUAUUGGGAAAAACAAAUACUAGUCAGUUAGGGGGAGAUAACUAUGUAUACAGUGUUAUUGGUAAAGAUGAUUUGACAUUCAGUAAUCAGGGACCAAAAAAGGGGAAACAUGUGCUGCAUGUUGACAGUGCCAAUUUGAGAGUCGGAGUGGGUGGAGACAUAACUUUACAUAAUACUGAAAAUAUAGACCAGCUCGAUGACGAACCUGCUUGUUCUGCAGGGGAUGUAUGUGAUAAAAUGAACAUUAAAAAGGAAGUAGAUUCACUAGAAACAGGAGAUAGCACUUGUGUGAGUAAUGCAUCGGAAACAAUCAUUGAACACCAAAGAGAUGUUCCACCAUGCUCCAGUACGCACUCCAAAGACCAAUGUGAUACAGAACAUUCAAAACAGUCCAAUUUAGACAGUAUUUCAGGUUUUCCUGAAAGUGGUGUUCAAAAAUCGUCUGUGCAAACCAGAGAGAGUUCUUCUGACUCAGAUUCCUCUGAUAACUUCAGGUCGUUUAAGACCUCUGCUUUCAAACAUUCCAAUGACCUUGUUGUAAAUCAAGUUGAUAGUGAUACUAAGUCGUAUGAAAGCUUGAACAGUGGGAGUAGCCCACAGGAAGCUCCCAUAGAAAGGGAGGCAACUUGCUCUUGAUGCUAGUUGUGUUGUAUUUAUAACAUCUAAGAUAUUUUAUGGAUACUGUAUGUUGCAAAAAUUAAAUUUUUGAUCAUGAUAAAGAAGAAAAUUAAUUCAACUUUAACUGCCACCUGUAAGCUUGUGAACUUGUUUUGUAAUGUAUUUCAAAAUCACCAUCAUUGAUUUUUAUCAAUUUUAGCUGCCUUCACUCAACUUUACACAUUGAUUUAUUGUGAAGUGGAAAAUGGACCUGUUUUAACAGAUACCAUCUUCAAAUGUUCAUAUGAAUAUUUUAUCUAGAAAGAAAGUUGAAGCAUGUAAAAUAAACCUUUAGUAAUGAUAGUCAAGGAAAA